GAUAAACUUUCCUUCGACGAUCUUGUGACUUCUUCCUUGAAAACGAACCCUUCCACGACCUCCCACGACCUUCCACGACCUCCCAGAUAUGAAGUGACAGACCUCAACACCAUGUCCACAGAAGAGGAUGACAGCAGCUGGAGGGACAGACUCGGAAUCGACUUCAAAAUAGAAUUGUCAGACUCGGACCUCGAAGACGACCAGAAUAAGUCGCCAAAAUCAGUCAAAAUCAGUCAUGAAAAACUUACCAAGAGCAGCAGUGGUAGUGAGGAUGUGCAGGAAACGGAAGAAACAGAAACGCUUGAGAGCUUUGACUCCUUCACUCAGGAGGAGGAGGAGCUGGCCCGCUACCUAGGGGAAUAUGGAAAGACUCCGCCUCGCACUCAUCGCCUCCGUCGCCAAAAGGAAAGAGAUGCAUACUGUUCUCAGGCAAAGGUAGCAGCCAAGACGAUCAAAGCCACCCUGAAGCGUCGGGACACAGCUGAAAGGUUCCUCUCCCUCCCAGGUUUCUCAGAGCAUGGCUUUGGAGAUGCAACUCCAGAAAGGUCAAGGAGGCAGUAUCGUGAGCGUAAAAGAUCCAUGGAUCGACAACGAACCUUUGAGAGGGAAUGGAAGCUCUCGGAAGUCGAGAAUCUGUCAAUUAUCAUGAAUGCAGCAGCCACAGCUGAGGCGAAUGAUGAACGAUGCGAAAGCUUGCCGCCACACUGUGCUGCAGUUAGGGUUGAUUCAAGGUCACGUUACAUGAGUCUCUCCAGCCGUAGAUUAAGUGAGGACGAUGAUGCAGACCAGACUGAUAGUUCUCGUAAAGUUUCUACUGCAGAAUGUCCACAAGACCGUUUAAGUUAUUUUGCAAAACUUCAAAGUUUAAUUAAAACUAGUACACAAGAAGUUCCAGUCCACCAGCGCCAGAGAAGCGAAGAGGAAGUCCUGUACCAGCAGGAGCUCCAUGAGAUGUUAUGGCUAGAAUUGCAAGCAUGGCAUGCAGGCCAAGAUUCAAAUUCCUAUGAUAUAUAUUUAGUUAAUCAGAGAAAGCAGGUUGUAGAUAUUAUUACUGAAGUCCUCAAUUUCACCUUUGAUUCAAACUGUCCAGCAGAGAAGCACCAAGAGGAAGCAGACUUAAAAAUUGUAACUGUUGAUGAGCUCCUCAGUGCAGGGGAGCUAAAGAUCCAAGGCAUACCUGUAACCACCUCUGAUUCUACAGAUGGUGUUGCAUCUAGUAAGGUGGUUGGGGGAGAGGACGAUUGCAGUGGUUGUCUCUCUAUCUGGUGCAAGAUAUGUAUGGAUAAACAAACUGAGGGACUCACUCAAGUGGCAAAGCUAUUGAAGAAACUGGACUAUGUGGAGUCACUAUUUCCUUCAACCAAAAAGCUGGCACUCCAUUUUCCAGAGUGGGAGCAUGCUGACUUUGUCAAUCGUUAUAUGGCUCUGUGUGUUUGGUACAAUGCAACGGUGCAGUUGAGAAUGAAGAUUGAAGUCCUUGGGAAACUGCUUGGGAACAUGACUUCAGCCCUUAUUCCUUGGCCUACCUUUAGCACCAGCUUUACAGGUGCUGCAACACCAACUUCAAGUUAUGAUUCAGGGGUCCCGCAAACCACUCACUAUGAGGAACCCUCUCACGAGAAAGAAACACACGUGGAUAAGUCUGCAUCUGUACGUUUUGUGAUAGACUGUGAUAAAUCAGAUGCUAGCUCAAACCCCUCUGAUUCAAAUAAUUCAACGGAUUCGGGUCAUACUACUGGUAGCACCAACAGUGGUCUGCUAAUGCCACCUGCACCUUAUCCUCCUCUAGGGGGACUUAAGCGAUGUCUCAGUGACAUUUUUGUGGAAGCAAACCCUUACAGAAAAUAUGUAGAAAAGCUCUUGAGAACUAAAGGCAUGAAAAAGACAUUUGAUAAAGUAGCUGAGGUUAUCCGUGAUGUGAUGUCUCGUACCAUAUGCAUUUUGGAAGAGCCUCAUCACUCUGUACGAGACUCAAAGCAACAAAAGAAUGCUACAGAUAUACCAACUAUUGCAUUAACAGAAAACUUAGAAGAACUUAGUAGGUAUGGACCCUGGAUUCCAAGGUUUGAAAAAUUGGAGCUUCCUCCAUUCUAUGCAACUUUCAUUUUCUUAGCUUCAGUGUCACUUCAGAUGAUGAGGGAGUGCCUGAAGCUCAGGAUUGAGCAAAUGCCUGAAAGACCAUCUAGACUUAGUAUUAAAGAGCUUAUGAGGGAGUUCAAAGAAGGAGUCAAGUUUGCUGUUGUUGUGAGGCAGAAGUACCUGAGGGCUUGCCAUGCACUCUUUGGCAGUCUUUCUCCACUACUUCGAGAGAACUUAGAGAUACGCCAGACUCAAGCAAUUGAAGAGCUAGAUGCUAAUAUAAAGAGAAUGUUAGAGGUUUAUCUAGAGUGGCUUGAUCAGUUUGUGUGCAUGUUACAUCGUGAGCCUCAUGCAUCAGGUUUGCAACGGAACUUCCUCCAAGAAGAAUGGCGUUUUGUCCAAGCAACUUGUCCCCACGUUAAUGAAGGGGAUAGUUUAGCAGCGACAAGAUUUUGCAAUAUAGCCUGUCACAUGCUGUGUAGUGUGGGCGAUUUUAUUGACACAGGAAUCGACGAUCAGAUGGCAGCCAUGCAAGAUUCAACUUUAGAGAAUUUUGAUGAUGAUUUUGAGGAGGAGGAUAUGGAUCAAGAUGAUAUCCAAAAGAAGAGACUCCUUCAGCGAUGUAGAGCCCUUCAAGUUCUCUUAGCUGAAACACGUGAGCGUGCCUUAAGAGCUGCAGGGUUAGCCAAGAUGUUAAGGAAAGACUUAGAGGUCGCUGCAGAAUUCCAAAUCAACUGCAAGCCUGCCGUGGUGCUGAGCAGAUUAAGGGAAACAGGACACAUCCGAGUGAUUGCACCACACAGCCAAAACCACUUCAUAUUUGUUCCAGCCCGCAUCAAGGACAAAAAGGAAUACAUCUGGCACUUGUUGGACAUGAGGGUUGGUGGCAUAGGCAUUGAGCAUGAAUCAGAUGAAGAGGGGGGUUAUCUGGUCCUCAUGAGGUGUGACGGGGGGGAUAGUCUUCACAAUUUGUGGACUGGCGAUCUGAUCAAGAUAGAACCUACAGCAGAUUGCACAAUUACACUUUCUAGAGUACAGGUGACAAGUAUGAUGGUGGUUGUAUCUACGGGAACAAUGCUCGUUCCAGUCCGGAGAGAAUUUCUUCACUGCAUGGGCAACACCGUCCUUUUAGUGCACGAUCAGACAACACCCAACAAAGCCAUUACUCAUUCCAUUGAUGAACUAAAGAAAGAGGCUCUGGAACUCUGCAAUAGCCUUCAGAAUAAUAUCCAACAGGUGGAAAGUAUGACAGAUCUAGAUGCAGUGAUACCGAGCCUAGAAUAUGGAGAACGGCGGCAGCUUCAUUUAGUAACCAGAGACGUGGUUCAUCAGUAUUUCAUGUUUGGCUUUGAGUAUCAUAAAGAUGUCACUCGUCUUGUCACUGGUCAUCACCGGGCUUCUGUAGCACCAUUGCUGGUUGCUCUUGCUCGAAUGUGGAUGAAAUUUGUGCAGAGCCAUUAUUCAGAAGGAAGAGGCAGGAGACCCAGGUGGUCAAAUGCAGGAGUUGAGUUCAUCGUUUUUGUUUGUGACCCACACAAUACAAGGCACCUCAAAGAUGAGGAAUUUCAGAAUUUCCGAGGUGAGAUAGAGAAGUGCCUGGUGUACAUAGAAGGAAAAGCUCCUGAGGCCAGCCAGCCAGGGACACCAUUGACUCCAGUGCUGCCUAGACAUCACUUCAGGUCUUCUUCCACGUCAUCCAUGGGGCAUAAUGCACCAGAGAGGUCCCUGUCCACACAGUCCUCCCAGAGUGAUUAUUCCCCUGUGGUGAAUCCAACUGACAGCCCACUUCUAAGGAGAAAUCUGCUAAGACGUAGUCAGCACAGCAUAGAAAGAGCAUCUGAUCAGAGUGAUGGAAAGAGCCCACCAAUUGCAGAAAAACCAAUAGAACGUGUUCGUAGAAGAAUCACGGAGAUGGAUGUCGAAUUGGACGAGAGUCUACGCGAGGACCAGGUUAUUGGAAGGGUCUCUGAUACGCAGCGUGAUAAGAUCCACUUUAAACCUCGUAGUGUCAGCUUUUCAUGGCAAAGAGGUUUCAAAAUUGGCACUGGAAGGUUCUCAAAGGUGUACACAGCCGUCAACAACAACACAGGCGAGUUGAUGGCCAUGAAGGUGUUGCCACUACAGCCAAACGACCACAGAUCCAUACGCAAAGUGGCCGAUGAGCUACGUAUCUUCGAAGGCAUUAGCCAUCCACAUCUUGUGCAGAUCUAUGGCGUGGAGAUUCACAAUGAUGAAAUGCUGAUGUUCAUGGAAUACUGUGAUGAAGGAACUUUGGAAAGCUUGGCCACCAGUACAGAAACAGGUCUUCCAGAGGUGAUAGUUCGUAAAUACACCAGACAGUUACUGGAGUCUGUGCACUGCCUCCAUGACCAUGGCAUUGUUCAUAGGGACAUUAAAGGUGCCAAUAUAUUUUUAACAGAAGAAGGAAAUGUGCUGAAACUAGGAGAUUUUGGAUGUGCUGUGAGACUCCGAGGCCACCAGACUGAAGUUGGAGAGCUAGGUGGCAUCGUCGGCACUCAUGCUUACAUGGCACCUGAGAUUUUCCAGUCCAGUGAGGGCCACGGUAGAGCAGCUGAUGUGUGGUCUGUGGCUUGUGUCGUGAUUGAAAUGCUAACAGGAAAGAGACCUUGGCCCGAAUAUGAUAGCAGCGUGCAAAUUAUGUUCCGCGUUGGGAUGGGACAGUCCCCGUCAGUCCCAAGCAGCCUGUCAGAAGAAGGACAUGAUUUCCUUGCAGCUUGCUUUGUCCAUGACCGCAAGAACAGAGCUACUGUCGCCCAGCUGCUUGAUCAUACAUUUGUAAAGGUUGAUACAGGGGAAGACUGUACUUCAUUGCCACUCUUCUCCCACCCACCCUUUGUGCCUUACAUGAAACUCCUGUCAAACAGCUGAUUCGUCUGAGCCUGCAGGGAAUAAUAUUACUUAAAGGUGGCCAUGCACUUUCGAAGCUUUGGUUGGUGUUGUCAGGGAAGCAUACAAGAAUAAGAGGUACUGUGUAAAGCAGAAUGACACUUUACAUGGUGAAAAAUGUAUAUUUCAUUGUAUAUAAUAUGCGUUAUGCAUAUGGUUUUAUGGAAUAACACGGUCGUUUUAGAUGCUUACUGGUAAGAUUGUUAUUAAUCUGUCGUAAAGUAAAUCCAGAUAUUUAUUUCCUCUAUUAUAAAUGACUUCACUUUUAUUUCAAGAGGGAUUUCUCACAGGCACAACACUUCAACACACAUGGACACAAUCACACACAACCACAGUAUGUUAUUGUAGGUUAAAAACAUCGUAAGAUCAUUAAGGAUUUUAGCCAUCUACUGUUACAUGGUAUUAUGCUCCUCUUAGUACAAUUUAAGUAAGACAUAGAAAAAUGGUGAUCAUGUGAAAACCAUAUUACAAGGGAAAAUAAAAGAUCCAUGGAUAACUAUAAACAGACCUCUCUCUCUCUCUCUCUCUCUCUCUCUCUCUCUC